UUCAGAAUCCAAAGGGCAUCGAACAAAAGAGAAAGCUUAAAAGCUCCAGAGUGCAGAUUGCUUGUUGCUCCGCGUGGACGCCAUGGCAAGGUCUCUGAAAAGACAGGCAGCGAUGCUUCCCUGGGUUCUGCUCGCUCUGUUCAUCUCCAGCUGUUCCUCUGUUGGAGCAAACGAGGAGAAAACUGUCAGAAACAGGUCUCAGUUUUCAAGAGGAUGGGGACAGAAUAUCAGAUGGCUGAAGGAUUAUAAUGCAGGCCUGGAUGCACUGAAGAAGACCCAUAAACCCCUGAUGGUCAUUCAUCAUCUGGACGGCUGCCCGCACAGCCAAGCACUGAAGAAGGCCUUUGUUGCUGAUAAAGCCAUUCAGAAAAUGGCCAAAGAGAGUUUUGUCAUGCUCAAUGUGGUGGAAGAAACUGGGGAUCCAAAUCUGGCUCCUGAUGGGCACUAUGUUCCCAGAAUCCUCUUUAUCGAUCCAACUUUAACAGUUCGGACUGAAAUCACAGGAAAACACAGUGGAAAUCUGUACACCUAUACUCCGGACGACAUGGAGUUAUUGGCUGAAAACAUGAAGAAAGCCAAAACUCUGCUUCACAAUGAGCUGUAACACACACCUGAUGUCUCUGUCUGCCACAUAUGGCCGCACUGAUUUGUUUAAGAUGUAACUCUGUAAAACUCUGUAAAAGUGUACUGUACAUUGUGACUGUGCAUCGAUGAUUUAUGUGAAACCUGUGAUGGACUGAACCAGACGGGGGGGCGGGGGGUGUAUUCUGCCUCCUGCCCAGUGUCAGCAGGGAGGAACUGCAGCUCCUGCAUCCUGGUCUGAAUAAACCGAAUACCUUGUGCCCUGCACACACAUGCUCUACACUAGAAUAAACGUAACUCAGUGCCCUGUCCUCACAUUCAUACAGUUUUCCUUUUUGAAUGAUAAUCGUAUUAUUAAUGUUCAGUAUUUGGAACAAUGAACCAAAACUACUGCCUGCAAAAAUCCUCAUUCUUACCACUUCUGCACUAAUUGUCUCACAGUAAGCCAACUGGUAUAACCCAUCCUGUAUUGUCCCUACUUACAGGUCAGUAGACACCCAUCACAUUCAACUCCAACACAAUAAAUAUCUUCAGUGAUGAAGUGUCUCACUGUCGAGUGAGAUUUAUCAGAGUUACCCCGAAUCAAUGCCAGAACACGAUUCAAAUACAGUCAGCAACAAUCAACACCUGUCAUUGUUUAAUUCACAAUUCUAGGAGUAUUUAUGUGUGACAUGAAUGUUUUUUCUAUGGUUUUUGAUAUACUAUUAAGCAUUCCAUGGAGUUUAAAAUAAAGCGCUGUGCUUUUGUCAUAUCCGUCUAUAUUCUACAUGAACUCAUUCAGACAGACAGCAACGCUGAUUCCAAUUUAGAUCUGGGAGCAAUUUAGAUACACCAGUUAAAACAAACUGCAUGUUUUUGUACUAGAGAAAACCCACACACACUGAGAAGAUGCGAACUGUGCACAGAGAGCAACAUGGCAGGUUUUAACCACUAGGUGGAAGCAUAAUACAGUUUCUAAUCACUUCCACGUCUCGCUUUCCCCACUGAAAACCAGUGUGUGUUGUGAAUGUUACUCAGGGAGAUUAUUCUUUUGAUAUGAUUUUUGCAAAUUAGAAAAAAUCAUGAGGUUGCUUUCAACACUUAAAUUUGUAUAAUAGUCAUAUGAACAUCGAUAACAGUCUCAGCGAUAUGUUGUGUUAAAAGAGGAGUUUCCUUCCUUGGAGCUUGUAGAAAGGUGUGUUGCGUUUAAAUCCAUCCUGCAGCUCCCUUCUGGUAGAAUUUUCUCCAUUACAAGUAAAAAUAAAAGUGAUUAAAUGCCUCAAGCUUCUACAAAAUGGAAGAACCCAUGGCCAUAAAUAUGUACUUUCCACUGUCAGAGCUUGUAUAAAUGAGCUGUUUUUAAUUGUUGUGGUUCCACUGUGCUGCUUCUACAUUUUCUAAGGGGAAAUAAUUGAAGGUAAAGGCAAACACCAGCAGAAGUCAGCGUGCAUCAGGGUGAAAAUCCACAGAGCACAUUCAUUUAUCAUGGGCUUGAAUUUAAAGGGAGGCUGAAAACAGAGGAACUCUGUAAAUGGGUCAGUAAGCUUCAUUCCCCAAUAUUAUAUUUUCCACUGCAGGAAGUGAUCACUAGAAAAUGAUUAAAUUAUUCACACCUUUGUUGCAUCCCUCCUCUCCCCACUGCAGUGAGCACAGACGUCUGAGACUAUCAUGUGUCUAAUUCUCAUUUGUGUUUUUUAGUUUUCCUUCAUUCCGAUGAACCCAGGGUGACUCAUCGAGAACUCCUGAGAUGUUUCUGAAAUAUUUUCCUUUGCUUCCUUUCUUGUGAAAUUGUUUACACGGUCCUAGAUUCCUUUGUUCAAAGCAUGUGUGUUUUUUACUCAGAUUUUCCAACAUCCCAGGACUGAAAAUUCCCUCCCUGCAGCGCCGUUGCAGUGUGAGGUGGAAGAAACUCACUGAGGAGCUUUAAAGAUGAAGUGACUUUACAGAAUGCAUCCAGUGUAAAGCAUGAAUUCACUGUUCCUGUACAGUUACUGUAACCUAUUUUGACAGUCGGUCUAAUAAUACAGUAUCCAACACUGUAGUGUUUAAUGUGCAGUAAAAAAGAAACAACAGUAAAGUGUGCUAUUAAAAAUAAAGUCUAUAUACUGGAAUGUAUUCACUUUAGAAAAUCUGAAUGAAGCAACUCUAUUAGAGCUGUAACAAAUCUCAAGGAAGUACCUCACAUGAUCGGUAAGAAAAAAACUAAAUAAAACAUUAUAAAUUGCAAAAAAUUUGAAAUUAAAUCACCAAAGACUUCACAUAUACAGCACACUUUACAAACAACCACAUCAAAUGUUACUUCACCACAAUGAAAAUCCAAAUGAGCCACAAAACUCACCAUGGGUUUCAUACUAGUUUAAAUAAGUCACAGUGAAAUCUGCCUUUCUGUCCCGAAACACUGCACAGUAAUGUGUGACUGACUAAGGUGUUAUUAAAUCAAAUCAGACCUCGCACUAUUAUAAAAACACAGAAAAAAUGGUAAAGUUAUUACUUCACAAUAUAAUGAAGUCACAAGUAUUGCAUUACUGUAAUAAAAUAGCAGUAAAGUUUGAAUUAACUUUAAUAAAAUCACAGUAGAGCUAAUUUU